GAAACUCUCCAUCUGUCCAUCCUUGUUAGGACACACAAGCAGAGAUAGACACUCAGUAGAAACACAAAGGACAAGUAUUAACUAAAACCAGAACACGGACAGAAAGGAAGGGAGAUGGCACAAACUUUCCCGGAGAUAGUGGAGCUGAACGUGGGCGGACAGGUGUACGUGACCAGGCUGGAAACUCUCACCGCGGUCCCCAACUCUCUGUUGUGGACCAAGUUCAGCCGCGGCUCCCCGGGAGAGCUGGCCAAAGACAGCCAGGGCCGCUUCUUCAUCGACCGGGACGGCUUUCUCUUCCGCUACAUCCUGGAUUAUUUGCGGGACUCGGAGCUCUUUCUGCCCGAGUUUUUCAAGGAGAAGAGGAGGCUGCGGAAAGAAGCGGACUUCUACCAGCUGCCGGGGCUGUUGCGGUGCCUGGCCGCCGCCGAUGACGGCUCAGCCGCGGAGGAGGAGGACAGCGCGGAGUCGGAGGCUGUGGAGCUCAGCAGCCCGGUCACCUCCGCCUCCUCCUCCGACAGGACCCCGCGCUCCCCCGGCGCCGACUCGGGCUACAUCACCGUCGGGUACAGAGGCAGCUACACCAUCGGCAGGGACAUCCAGGCGGACGCUAAAUUCCGCAGGGUCGCCAGAAUAACCGUGUGCAGUAAGAUUUCUCUGGCUAAAGAGGUGUUCGGGGAGUCCCUGAACGAGAGCCGGGACCCGGACCGGCCUCCGGACAAGUACACAUCCAGGUACUACCUCAAGUACAACUUUCUGGAGCAGGCGUUUGACCGACUGGCCGAAACUGGCUUCCACAUGGUGGCAUGCAACUCCACCGGGACCUGCUCGUACGGCAGCAGUGACCCGGGGGAAGACAAACUGUGGACCAGCUACACCGAGUAUGUUUUCUUCCGAUGAACGGACUGAACUCUGCCCUUAGUCUGGCUUCAGGAUGGCACCGUUUGUGUUGGUUGGUGGUGUUUUAGAGCAGUUGUAUUACUGCAUAUUCUUCUGGAUUAAAUUAUCCAUUCAUUAUUAAUAUUUUUUUCCCACUAAAUGCCACUUCAACCACAGACUUUAUAUGAGACUUUAACAAACAUUGGGGACCACUCUCAGACACUGUAGUUCCUGCAUUCAUUAAAGGGAUAGUUCAGUUUUUGUUUUAAGUGUAGGCCAAUCAGUGUUGCCAGCUCUGGGAAAAGUAUUAGUUUUGUUUGUGGACACUCAGAGCUAUACAUACGACAUGUUAUCUCGUGUGGAAGCUUAUUGUCAUGGGAAAGUAUAACUAGAAGCAACGCUCCCCGACUUUAGCAGUGAAACUCGCUGUGUUGUGUCCGGAAAACCACACGAGAUGACAUUGUUUCCACAACAGAGAGUUGAUGGUGUUAGUUCUGUUUAAAAUACAGUGACUUGCGGCUGGCGCUCCCAUUGCGUCACAAGAUGUAGAAAAAUUUGGUGUGAACACAGCAUUAGGACCCAUCAUUCAAGAAAGAUUGGAAAGAUUGGUAAAUUGACCUUAGGUGUGAGUGUGGAUGAUUGUUUGUGAUGGACUGGCAAACUGUCCGUUGAGUGUUGGUAGAAGAUGGAUGGAUGAUCAAUGAUGUCACAACCUCUGUCAUGUUAAUUUGCCUCGCAGAAAACUACUACUAUUGGACAAAGUUGCGAUAAUUAUAAUUAUAAUAAUAAACUUCAUUAUCAUUGAUUCCAGGAGUAACUGGACAACAUGGCUGUCAGCAGGGACAGAAAGGAAAUCAUGUUUUUAGCAACUCAACAAAGAAGUUAAAUCGGUGCUGCAGUACCUCAUAUUACCACACGUCAAAAAACCCAAAACUGAACUAUUACUUUUUUGUAUUCUUGAUCUCUUCGUACAUAUAGCAUUCACAAGGAUUCUGUGGAAGAAAAACAAAAUGCUACUUGUUCUUAUCAAAACGUAUCACAAAUUUAAAUUAGUUGAAGAAAAUGUGCAUUUGUUUUCCCAUCCCCUGACAACCCAGUGGGUGGAGUUCCGUUAAGAGUAGGAAUCACCACAGAGAUUGAAAGUGCAACUCGACAUAAAUAAAAAGUGCUAUUUGUUGCUGAUACAUGGUUCUGUUUUGAUCUCUUCAUGUAGUAACCAUUGCCUCUUGCACUAAGUUGAGUAAUGUUGUGGUUUCCCUCCUCUCGUCUGCCGUUUCCGCCAUUUUUUCCCAGUGCAGUUAAAAAUGUUUCUUCAUACUUUAUUCUGUCUCCGUCUCUUUUGCACUCAUUCACAUUUACCAUUAUUAUUGAACCUCCAUCAACUGUAAGAAGUAACAUUUAAAUCUUUAUACUUUAAAUUUUCUUUCAAUAAAUCUUCCAAAUUCCUUGGUUUUUUUUGGCGAUUUUCUCUAUGAUUUUCCUGAAUUUUGUUCUUCCCUCUUUAUUUCAUCCUAGAUUUUUUUACACUCUUUAUAAUUACUGUAUGUUCCAAUGCUGUGAUGAUGCGUAGGAUUCAAUAAAGGUACCUCUCUCAUCAUGA